CCGCGGGGGGGAUGUCGCGGCCCGGGCCCCGAGCGCCGCCCCGGCCCCGGGGCUGAGCUCCGGACCAUGUCCUCCCGCAGCCCCCGGCCCCCGCCCCGCCGCUGCCGCCGCCGCCUGCCGCGCCCCUCCUGCUGUUGCUGCUGCUGCCGCCGCUCACACCUCAACGAGGACACGGGCCGCUUCGUACUGCUGGCGGCGCUCAUCGGCCUCUACCUGGUGGCGGGCGCCACCGUCUUCUCGGCACUCGAGAGUCCGGGCGAGGCGGAGGCACGGGCGCGCUGGGGCGCCACGCUGCGCAACUUCAGCGCGGCGCACGGCGUGGCCGAGCCGGAGCUGCGCGCCUUCCUCCGGCACUACGAGGCCGCGCUGGCAGCCGGCGUCCGAGCCGAUGCGCUGCGCCCGCGCUGGGACUUCCCUGGCGCCUUCUACUUCGUGGGCACAGUGGUGUCGACCAUAGGUUUCGGCAUGACCACCCCCGCCACGGUGGGCGGGAAGGCCUUCCUCAUCGCCUAUGGGCUGUUCGGCUGCGCCGGGACCAUCCUGUUCUUCAACCUCUUCCUGGAGCGCAUCAUCUCGCUGCUGGCCUUCAUCAUGCGCGCCUGCCGGGAGCGCCAGCUGCGCCGGAGCGGCUUGCUGCCCGCCACCUUCCGCCGCGGCUCCGCGCUCUCGGAGGCCGACUGCCUGGCAGGCUGGAAGCCCUCGGUGUACCACGUGCUGCUGAUCCUGGGCCUGUUCGCCGUGCUGCUGUCUUGCUGCGCCUCGGCCAUGUACACCAGCGUGGAGGGCUGGGACUACGUGGACUCACUCUACUUCUGCUUCGUCACCUUCAGCACCAUCGGCUUCGGGGACCUGGUGAGCAGCCAGCACGCCGCCUACCGGAACCAGGGGCUCUACCGCCUGGGCAACUUCCUCUUCAUCCUGCUCGGCGUGUGCUGCAUCUACUCGCUCUUCAACGUCAUCUCCAUCCUCAUCAAGCAGGUGCUCAACUGGAUGCUGCGCAAGCUGAGCUGCCGCUGCUGCGCGCGCUGCUGCCCCGCGCCCGGCGCGCCCCUGGCCCGGCGCAACGCCAUCACCCCGGGCUCCCGGCUGCGCCGCCGCCUGGCCGCACUCGGCGCCGACCCCGCGGCCCGCGACAGCGACGCCGAGGGCCGCCGCCUGUCGGGCGAGCUCAUCUCCAUGCGCGACCUCACGGCGUCCAACAAGGUGUCGCUGGCGCUGCUGCAGAAGCAGCUGUCGGAGACGGCCAACGGCUACCCGCGCAGCGUGUGCGUCAACACGCGCCAGAACGGCUUCUCGGGCGGCGUGGGCGCGCUGGGCAUCAUGAACAACCGCCUGGCCGAGACCAGCGCCUCCAGGUAGAGGCGCAACCUGUCGCGCCACGGACCCUCAAGCAGGCUGGCGUGCAGCCGGGCGGCGUUUGCCCUCCUCUCAGACGCUGGCGCUUUCUUAACCUUUAUCCAAUAAAAUAAAACCAAAAAAAAAAAAAAAAAUUUUUUUUUUUUAAAGAAAUACUAUUUGGCCAGGCCUGAUGUUAUCAAGGGCAGGUUUUGGGGGAGCCUGUUAUUCUUGUGGGUCCCCUUCUUGGAGAACCGUGGUCCCCAGCAGAUUCUCCUCCGG